AUGGAUCUGUUAACAGGGCCUCCCUGGAAGGCUUUCACCAUCCUCACAGGCUGUUUGGCCAAGGAGGAGGCGACUCAGACGGAGGAGUCCAAGCUCGAGACUGCAGCCUGCAAAACCUCGCUGGGAGAGCUGCACUGGGUGGGAGCGGGAGUGCCCCGCAACCUGACCCGGGCCAGGGAGCUCUUCGAGGAAGCAGCUGCCAUUGGCGAGCCAGAUGCACAGUACAACCUGGCCAUCCUCUACGCUUCCAUGGCGGAGAGCAGCGAUGACUUGCGGCGCAACGAGGCCCUAGCUGUUCUCCAUCUCUAUGCUGCGUCUACAGCAGGCCAUCCAGGCGCCUUGAUGGCCAUGGGCUAUAGGCACUUGCAUGGAUAUGGCGUACCGCAGGCGUGCACUACAGCAGCUUUGAACUACAUCGAUGUUGCCAAGGGCAUUGCCAGCAUAUUCUCCUCCGGAAUGCCUCAAGCAGUGGAGCUGGUUAGACUGAACCUUCCGCAGAAGGACCGGAAGGUCAUGAGCAGUUCCGAGCUCAAUCUCUUCGUUCAGAUCGCCACGAGCGGUGACAGCGCUGUCGCCGCGGCGAUCGGAAAGCGCUACCUCUUGGGAAUCGAGGGCUUCAAGCAAGACUACCAGAAGGCCAAGCAGUACCUGAAGAUGGCUGCCAAUCGGCAGCACUCUGGGGCCUUGGCCCUCCUUGGCUACAUGUACUGCUUAGGCCUCGGCACACCGCAGAACUUGGAAACGGCCUACGCCUACUUCGUUACUGCUGCAUCCUCAAACGACCCUCUGGGCCAUAAUGGCCUCGGGUAUAUCUACUUCCGCGGCACGAACGCGCAGGCGCGGAACCUCCGCUUGGCCUUCAAGCACUUCAACGAGUCUGCGUUUGGGGGCUCUUCGGAUGGGAUGUUCAACCUUGCAAGCAUGUACCUCACAGGUUCAGGGACUGAACAGAGCUUCCAGAAGGCUGUGCUGUACUACACGCAGGCCCUAGAUCGUGGUCACACUCCCGCGGCCUACUCACUUGCUGUGAUGCACUUGAAUGGCAUCGGGACCGUGAGAGAUUGCGACAUUGCUGUGAAGCUCCUCAAGAAGGUUUGCGAGCGCGGUGAAUGGGUCUCAAGCAAGCUGGUCAGUGCCUACGAUUUCAGCGAGAAGCAGCCGGACAGAGCUGCCCUGAUGUUUCUGAAGCUUGCGGAGGCCGGCCAUGAGGUUUCCCAGAUGAACGUCGCUCAUCUCUUCGAUCAUGGGCAGGCUUCCCUACUGUCCCCAGAAGCACCAUCUGCAGAUCAUCCGCCAGCACGGCAUGAUGACUUCUUCUGGGAGACGUCGCCAAGGCUUCAGAACCAAAAUGUGGCACAGCGCUUCUACGAGCUUUCGGCGGAGCAGGGCAGCGCCUCAUCGGAGCUACGCCUGGGGGACUAUGCCUACUACGGCUGGGGCAUGUCCGCGCGCUUCACGGAGGCACCGCUGCCCUCGGAGUCAGAGCAGGUCGAGGCCGCCCGGCCCGAGUCCAGCGACGGUGAAGGCUGGGAUGACUUCCCGCUGCCCUCCAUCUACACGAACGAUAAGGUGGAACUCCACCCGCAAGCUGUAGACUACGAGGAAGCACUGGCACGGUACCGGAAGACGGCCGACAUGACCGUCACGGGCGAAUGGAUGCAGUCCUUCGUGGCCAGAGCCUCCUUCAACCUGGGCUUCAUGCAUCAGUUUGGCAUAGGGAUUGUUCAGGAUCUGAACAUGGCAAAGCAGCACUACUUUCGAUGCCGAGAGGUCGACCCGAGUGGCUUGCAUGCCCCGGUCACCAUGGCUUUAGCUGCACUUGCUGCUCAUGUGCUGUAUUUGCGGCUUCCAUCGCAAGAGGAGACAAUCAAGCGGUUAUCCGCAGACUUGCGGCUGCAUUUGCUGCUUCUCCACAUAGUUGCAGUCAUCGUUCUUAUGUGGCUUCACUGCAUCUUGUCAAGUAGACGACGCAGCGUGCCACAGCGGCCACGGCGACAAGACCAGGCCCCCCUGACAGCUGCGACGCAGCCAGCGCUGGGGGAGAGGCAAUCAGGAGCUCUCACGCAGACUGCGGGAGAAAGCCGACGAACUGCCGGCAACGUUGUGCUCGACUGA